CAGGGACCUCAGGCAGCAGUUGCUGCGGCGGCCCCAGAUGAAUCAGCGGCAAAAUGGAGCUCCGUGUUCUUUGGGCGCUUUUCAAUCUCGGUAUGAUAACUGCAGUACCUUCCAAACACAACAGCAAUGGGUCGCCUGCAUUUUCGACUGCCCAUAUCUUUACGCUUUCUCUACUUCCCAUCAUCGACGUCAGGGACCUGACCUGCCUGGAGUGCCGGACCGCUGCGGGCCUCAUUGCGGCCAUGAUGGCUGAGGGCGCCACCGUGGAGGAGAUCGAGGAUCAGGUCAUCCUCGACUGCAUACUCCUCGACCUCUUCCCGCCGGACGUGUGUUCGGGAAUGGUCAGGCUAAGUGGAGCAGAAGUUCUUUACGUCCUCAACACAACGGAGCACGACCACGAGACGGUGUGCGGCUGGCUGCUCGGCGGCCACUGCGAGCACGACCAGCUUAGCCCUUGGACGGUCCCCAUCCCGGAGGACAAGCCCGAGCCCUCGCACCCGGAGCCCGUUCAGCCAACAGAUGGCGUAGUGAGGAUCCUGCAUCUGUCCUGACCUGCACGCCGACCUACUCUACGACGAGGGCAGCGCAGUGCACUGCGCCCACCCUAGCUGCUGCCGCCACGCCUACGGCGACCCCGGGUCAGGAGAGGAGGCAGCGGGGCAUUGGGGCGCCUUAGCCAAGUGCGACAUCCCA